UUGCAGGAGGAGGAGGAGAAUGAAGGCUCUUCUUGUCCAUGGAGUUCGUUGGUGUGGGUUUCGGAAGGUGUUGCAAGUAAUAAACCAGUUUUUAAUGGUCGGUUCUAUCCGUAUAUAGUAGCCCUGCAUUAUCAGAUCAGGUGCAGGAAGUAUUCAUUGCUUUCAGAUUCCGGUUGGGUUUCCGUUUCACCGCAGGCUGAUUCCGUCCUCGUCACCGUCGGAGACAUUGCUCAGGUAUGGAGCAAUGGGAAAUUGAAGAAGGUGAGAGGAACUGCGGUGGCAGGCUUAGAGGAAGAAGAUAAGUCGCGUAGCAUUUCAAUAUCACUGUUACUGACUCUCCCUCUUGAGAGUACUCUCUCUCCACUACUUCCUUUGGCAGUGAAAGUGGGUGGUGAUGACGAGGAUGACAUUAACAGUACCAGUACUACUGCCGGUGGUGGUGGUGAAAAAGAGGAGGUGCAAAGCGGUGUGGGUGAUAAGAAAGGAGAGGAGAGGGCGGCGUUCCAGUUGUUUUCUUUCGAGGGUUACGCUUGGAGAGCUUAUCACGAGAGGCUGCUGUUCAUGGACCCUCUCGACAGAUACCGCAUCUAGAAUAUUUGUGUAGCUUUGCUUUGUAUUUCAUGAAUCCAAAUUUCAAACUUC